AGGGGCACUGGUGGGGGGCGAGCCCGCUCGGUGAGGGGAGGGACGUGAGCAUCCGUUGGAGACGUCCGAGAGCAGCUGGCAGUGCCCCGGGACCAGAGGAGCUCGGCGGCCCGAGAGGGAGCUGGCCAGGGCUGCCCGGCCAGGAGGGAAAAGGGGGCCCCUGGCAGGGGCUGCAAAGUGUUGGUCCCUGCGGCCGGGGAGCCACGUGGCGACACCCUUGACCUCCAGGCUGCCUUGUAGCCCAGGCGGGAGGGAGCCCCAGGCCCGGCCUGCUGCCCCCUUCACAGAGAAGCCCCCUUGGGGGCGGAGAAGGCCGUGGCCUCGGGAGCAGCCUCUCCCGGGGCCUUGGAGGGAAGGGAGCUUUUCCUCGCCGGGCCCGCGGAGGCCUUGUCAGGAAAGAAUGGCUGCCUCCGCCAUUGGGAUGGGGACCUCCCCGGCGCCUCCAUUCCUGGGAGCCCGGAGCCCUUCGGGGCCAUUCACCCCCCAGGUCGUUCCUUAAGGAGGGGCCGAUGGAGCUCUGGCUCCCCCCCAUCACCUGUCAGGCAGCUCUGGCUGCAGCCUGGCCAGGGGACGGCCCGAGGCUGCAGGCACCCCGACGGAGCCCGUGGGAGCAUCUCCUGCCGCUCGGUGGCCUGGGAGCCACUGGGGGUCUGGAAAAGCCUACGUGACGGUUAGCGAGCAUUGGGGUCCCUUCUCCCGCCCUCCCCGGACAGACCCCGGUCGGGCCCUCGCUCUGUGCCCUCCUGCUGGGGCUCCCGGGCCCUUCGUCCCCGUGGGAGGAGGUGCCCAGACCGGAGGCCGCAGGCCCUGCACGCCGGGCCGGGUCCCUGCCGGUGCCUUCUGGGCUGGCCUGGGUUUUCUCUGCUCGGGGGCUGGCGGCAGACCCGUCCCUGUGGCUGCCCAGGCUGGGCCGGCGGGGCUCCCUCCUAGCUCCCCGGCGCUGCUUGUGGGCCCGCAGGGUGCCCCGCGCUCGCCUCUGCCAGUCUCGCCGCUGGGCCCGGCCCUGACGGCAGCUUUCUGUGCCCAACAGCUGCCACCCCCACCAUGGAGACCUUCUUUAGGAGACAUUUCAGGAGGAGGGGGCCGGGGGCAGGCCUCCGGGGGCAGCGGCGGGGGAGCGGGGUGGCCCUCCCCACGGGCAAGGUGCGGCGGCGGUCCCCGGCGGGCCAGCCCUCCUCCUCGCUGGCGCAGCGGCGACGCUCCAGCUCCCAGCUCCAGGGCUGCCUCCCCGGCUGCGGGCUCGGGGCUCCCCGCCGCUCCAGCACCGCGCCCCCGGGCCCCGGCCCCCGCGUGACCAUGGAGCCCGUCCCACCGCGGAGACUGGCCCUGCCUGCUGGUGACGCCCCCUCCCCGGGGACCCCCGUGCCCCUCGCCGGCCUCGCGGGGGAGAGCGAAGAAGAGGAGGAAGGGGCGGAGGGCCCGAGGACCCCCGGGGCGGGAGGCGGGGAGCCGGCCGGCCCCGGGCCCCGGCCGCUGGGCAUCAGGCCUCGGCUCCACGUGCCCCGAUGUCUGCGGCGACGCCGGAGGUCUUCCCACCUGCUCCCCGCCGACGUGAUGUAUGAGCGGACCGUCUGGGGCCUGCACGGCUACUACCGUCGGCUCAGCCAGUACCGGCCCCCGGGGCAGCAGCUCCCCCCCGGCGCCGCCGCCAGCCCCCUCCUGCUGGGCCCCCUGCGCCCCCUGUCCCGGAGGCGGCAAGUGGCCCUGAGACGCAAGUCAGCCGGACCGGAGGCCUGGAGCGCUCUGCUCUCGAAAGCCAUUGCCAAGUCUGGCCUCCAGCAUCUGGCACCUCCCAACCCGCCCCCCGGGGCCCCCUGCAGCGAGCCCGAGAGGCAGAUCCGGAGCACCGUGGACUGGAGCGAAACAGCCGCCUACGGGGAGCACAUCUGGUUCGAGACCAAUGUGUCUGGGGACUUCUGCUACGUGGGGGAGCAGUACUGCGUGGCCAAGAUGCUGCAGAAGUCGGUGUCUCGGCGGAAGUGCGCCGCCUGCAAGAUUGUCGUGCACACGCCCUGCAUCGAGCAGCUGGAGAAGAUUAACUUCCGCUGUAAGCCGUCCUUCCGGGAGUCAGGAUCCAGGAACGUGCGGGAGCCGACCUUUGUCCGUCACCACUGGGUGCAUCGGCGGCGCCAGGAUGGCAAGUGCCGACACUGUGGCAAGGGCUUCCAGCAGAAGUUUACUUUCCACAGCAAAGAGAUCGUGGCCAUCAGCUGCUCCUGGUGCAAGCAGGCCUACCACAACAAGGUGUCCUGCUUCAUGAUCCAGCAGAUCGAGGAGCCCUGCUCCCUGGGGGCCCACGCCGCCGUGGUCAUCCCCCCGACCUGGAUCCUGCGGGCCCGGCGCCCCCAGAACCCUCUCAAGGUCAGCAAGAAGAAGAAGAGGACGUCUUUCAAGAGGAAGUCCAGCAAGAAGGGGCCGGAGGAGGGCCGGUGGAAACCCUUCAUCAUCAAACCGACCCCGUCCCCCCUCAUGAAGCCCCUGCUGGUGUUUGUGAACCCCAAGAGCGGAGGCAAUCAGGGUUCUAAGAUCAUCCAGUCCUUCCUCUGGUAUCUCAACCCCCGGCAAGUCUUCGACCUGAGCCAGGGCGGGCCCAAGGAGGCGCUGGAGAUGUACCGGAAAGUGCACAACCUCCGGAUCCUGGCCUGCGGGGGCGACGGCACCGUGGGCUGGAUCCUCUCCACCCUGGACCAACUGCGCCUGAAGCCCCCCCCUCCUGUCGCCAUCCUCCCCCUCGGCACCGGCAACGACCUGGCCCGGACCCUGAACUGGGGUGGGGGCUACACCGACGAGCCGGUGUCCAAGAUCCUGUCCCACGUGGAGGAGGGCAACGUGGUGCAGCUGGACCGCUGGGACCUGAGAGCGGAGCCCAAUCCGGAGGCGGGGCCCGACGACCGCGACGAGGGCGCCACUGACAGGCUGCCCCUCGACGUCUUCAACAACUACUUCAGUCUCGGCUUCGACGCCCACGUCACCCUGGAGUUUCACGAGUCUCGAGAGGCCAAUCCAGAAAAGUUCAAUAGCCGGUUUCGGAACAAGAUGUUCUAUGCUGGGACGGCCUUUUCCGACUUCCUCAUGGGCAGCUCCAAAGACUUGGCCAAGCACAUCCGAGUGGUGUGUGAUGGCACAGACCUGACCCCCAAGAUCCAGGACCUGAAGCCCCAGUGCAUCGUGUUCCUGAAUAUCCCCAGGUAUUGUGCGGGCACCAUGCCCUGGGGCCACCCCGGAGACCACCAUGACUUUGAGCCCCAGCGGCACGACGACGGGUACCUCGAGGUCAUCGGCUUCACCAUGACAUCACUGGCUGCGCUCCAGGUGGGCGGGCACGGCGAGCGCCUCACCCAGUGCCGCGAGGUGCUGCUCACCACGGCCAAGGCCAUCCCGGUGCAGGUGGACGGCGAGCCCUGCAAGCUGGCGGCGUCCUGCAUCCGCAUCGCCCUGCGCAACCAGGCCACCAUGGUGCAGAAGGCCAAACGGAGGAGCUCCGUCCCCCUGCACAGCGACCAGCAGCCUGUCCCCGAGCAGCUGCGCAUCCAGCUCCGCCGGGUCAGCAUGCACGACUACGAGGCUCUGCACUAUGACAAAGAGCAGCUUAAAGAGGCCUCCGUGCCACUGGGCACUGUGGUGGUGCCAGGGGACAGCGACCUGGAGCUCUGCCGGACCCACAUCGAGAGGCUGCAGCAGGGGGAGCCCAAUGGAGCCGGAGCCAAGGCUUCGUCAGGCCAGAAACUGUCCCCCAACUGGUGCUUCCUGGAUGCAACCACGGCCAAUCGAUUCUACAGGAUAGAUCGGGCCCAGGAGCACCUCAACUACGUGACGGAGAUCGCCCAGGACGAGCUCUACGUGCUGGACCCUGAGCUGUUGGGCGCCCCCGGCAGGCCCACCCUCGAGGCUCCCCAAAGCCCCGGCCCCACCUCUCCGCCUCCCCCAUCCCCCAGGCCCAGACCAGAUCAAGGGGAUGCGAUGCCCCCAAAAGGUGAAAGCUUGAUAGAAGCUGCUGAGAACAAUGACUUCUGUAAGUUCCAGGAGCUCCACCGAGCUGGGGGGGACCUCAUGCUGCGGGAUGAGAGGGGCCGUACCCUCCUGCACCAUGCUGUCAGAGCGGGCAGCAAGGAGAUCGUCCGCUACCUCCUGGAGCACGCCCCGACGGAAAUCAUUGAUGCUGUGGAAGAAAAUGGGGAGACGUCCCUGCACCAGGCAGCUGCCCUGCGCCAGCGGACCAUCUGCCACUACAUCGUGGAGGCCGGAGCCUCUCUCAUGAAGACCGAUCUGCAGGGCGACACCCCGAGGCAGCGGGCAGAGAAGGCCCAGGACACGGAGCUGGCCGCGUACCUAGAAAACCGGCAGCACUACCAGAUGAUCCAGAGGGAGGACCAGGAGACGGCCGUGUAGCUGGUGACCCCGGGAUCUUCCCCUGCUCCAGGACCGGGAUGGGGGUGCGGCAGGGGGGCCAGGCCCCCGGUCCCACUUGUUCACACUGCUACAUUCCACUGGGCCGGGCGGCCGGCACCGUGGGGGGACCCCGCCUGGGGAAGGAGCCCCAUGGCUGACCGGGACUCGAGGGAGGACCACUGAGACGGACUCGGAGAGCCCCUGCACCUCCAUCCUGUGCAUGCUUCUGUUGCCUGGCUUUUGAGCCCCCGGCUCUAUCCUGGAGGCCCCAGCCUCCACCCCCCGCCCACACAGGGAGGAAAGCUGCCUCGAGAGCCAAUGACCCUGCCCACGGUACCCAAGCCGUGGGUCAUGACUGUGCCCGGACCCCGGCCACUGACCCUGGGAGGGAGGGAGAUGCCGGGGCUUGGGGGGAGGGAGCCUGAACCUGAAGAGAUGGAGCAAGAGGCCAGGGCCCUCUGGAAGCCCCUCCCUGAGGGAGCAGGGCCCCGCCUCCCCCGCCCUUCCCCCGCCACCCUCCCCAUUUCACGACAGGGCACGGAGAUCCAUCCAGCACAGGGGGGUGGGGGGUGCCCCGGGAAGCUGGUCACGGUGUCAUGUUUACAGCCCAGCUGGGUGUAACUCAGUAAAAUGGAUGUUUUUUUUUCCUAA